AUGGCUGGAGGCGUCAAGAAACCCGUCAACAUCUUCAAGCUGAAGGACCUGGGCGAACCAUCCGGCGCUUUCAACUGGCGUCUCUGGUUUGCCGUUGUGUCGUUUGCUCUGCUCGGUGCGGCGCGAGGUAUUGACGAGGGUCUCAUUUCUGGCUCAUUCAACAGCAAGGACUUCCAGGAGACUAUUCACUAUGAUUCUUACUCUUCCGUUGAGCAGGCUAAUAUCAAGGCCAAUGUCUCUGCUAUGGUUCAAAUCGGUUCUGUUGGCGGUGCUCUGAUUGCUUUCAUGAUUUGCGAUCGUAUUGGUCGUAUCUGGGCUACUCGUGUUCUUUGCACCCUCUGGGCUGUUGGUAUUGUUAUCUUCAUGAUCGGUGGUGUCAACGGAAACCUCGGUGCUAUCUAUGCUGGUCGCUUCAUCUGUGGUCUGGGUGUCGGUCAGACUCCUGUCGUUGGACCUGUCUACAUCGCUGAGAUUGCCCCCGCUGCUGUUCGAGGUCUCUGCUCUUGCAUGUUCACUGGCGCCGUGUACAUCGGUAUCGUUCUCGCUUACUUCACAAACUACGGCUGCCAUCUCAACCUCCCCGACGACUCUCACAACCAAUGGCUCGUCCCCACCAGUCUUCACAUCAUGAUGUCCGGCAUCAUCUUCAUCCUCAGCUUCUUCCAAUCCGAGUCCCCCCGAUAUCUCGUCAAGGAAGGCCGCCCCGACGAAGCCGCCCGUGUGCUUGGCCGUCUCCGACAGCAGCCCGCUGAUGGAGAGUACAUUGUUCACCAGAUCACUGAGAUCCAGGCUGCUCUUGACCAUGAGCUCGAGGCUACCAAGGGCGUUGGCUUCCUUGGCAAGAUUAAGGAGCUCAUCUUUGUCCCCAGCAACCUGUACCGUCUCUACAUGUCCUCUAUGGUUCAGUUCCUCUCCCAGUGGUCCGGCGCUGGUUCCAUCACCCUUUAUGCCCCCGACCUGUUCAAGAUCAUGGGCAUUGUCGGAAAGCAGGAGGGUCUUCUCGUCACUGCUGUCUUCGGUAUCGUCAAGCUCAUCGCCGCUGUUAUCUGCGCUCUCUUCCUCGUCGAUGUCAUCGGCCGAAAGCGCGCUCUUCUCAUCGGUAUCACUCUCCAGACCAUUGCCAUGAUCUACGUCGCUGCUUUCCUCACCAAGAUCCCCCAGCUCGGUGUCGUCGAGGACUUUGUUCUCCCCGAGAGUGACAAGGGUGCUUCUCGUGGCGCCAUCGCCAUGAUCUACGUCUCUGGUUUCGGUUGGGCUCUCGGCUGGAACUCUAUGCAGUACCUCCUGACUGCCGAAUUGUUCCCUCUGCGCAUCCGUGCCCUCGCUACAUCCUGGGCUAUGACCCUCCACUUCGCCAACCAGUACGGAAACUCUCGCGCUGUUCCUAACAUGCUUCUGUCUGUUUCCGAGGGCGGCAUCUCCCCCAAGGGAACCUUCUGGUGCUUUGCCGCUGUCACCUUCGUGGGUGGUGUCUGGGUCUGGUUCUCAGUUCCUGAGACCAGUGGACGAAGCCUUGAGAACAUGGAUGAGCUUUUCGCGCUCCCCUGGUAUAAGAUUGGUCUUCACGGUAACAAGAACGCCGAGGAGCUUGACCAGGCUCGCGAUGAGAAGCACCGAUAUGCUGAGGAGAGCCACGCCACUGGCAUUGAGCUCGAGCACCAGCGAAAGCAGGAAGCUUAA